AUGCCACGCAGAGCACACAAGAAAUCCAGAAAUGGCUGUGUGGAAUGUAAACGGCGGCACGUCAAGUGCGAUGAACGACGUCCAAAAUGCGUCAAUUGCUCGAUUUCUGAACGGCACUGCGAGUAUCUGGCGGAACCAAUUCCCUCGGUUACAAGAGAUCAGACCGAAGCCAGCCAUACAACUCGCUCGUCACCAGCCGUAGCAUCAAUGUCAACAGCCGUGGCGUCACCGGCAGGAAGUGUUCCGACCUCGACACGAGAAGAAGACUUCCCCUCGGUCAAUAUAUUGCAUUUUGAGCUCCUCUAUCAUCUGUCAACAGAGACUGUUCCGUCACUGGAGCUGGACUAUGAGCGAAUAGGAGUUCCCAUCACGGAAUUCUUCCGAGUUUGCGUGUCCGCUCCUUACGCGAUGAAUGAAGCGUUGGCGUUGGCUGCGCUGCAUCUGGCUGUCAUUUCUCCUCCGGAGAAACGAGAGUUCUACAAGACUCAUGCAGGGUACCUACAAACGCAAGCUCUGUCCAUAUUCAACACUAUGAAGCCGGAAGUUAGUACCGAGACCUGUGGUGCGAUAUUUCUCUUCUCGGUGAUGCUUGGGAAUCAUUUAAUGUGCGAUGCACUUAUCUUCCGUGGCACCGAUUUCAUCAAUUUCAUGGAUAAACUGUGCCACUCCAUUCAGUUGCUCCGGGGAGUGCGCAUUGUCGCUGGUUUUUCAUAUCAUAUGCUUGCGGAGACCCCAUUGAGGCCAAUUUUUCAAUAUGACGAGUUUCCAUCCGAACGCGAUGAAUUUCUCGGACCGGAAUGCCGAAAGCUUUUGGACCUUAUUAUAUCGGCACGGCUGGGGCAAUCGGUCACGGACUGCUACAAGGAUGCGAUUGAGCAUCUCCAGCUUGCAAGCAGUUCAGCGAAGCACAGUCCGGGAUUCAUGAGCAAAUCUCCAAUAAUCGCAUGGCCAGUGCGUGUGUCUGACGAAUAUUUCGGCGCUUUCGUAGCGCGACGUCCCGAGGCGCUUAUUAUCUUCGCUCACUAUGCUGUGUUGCUACAUAACGUCCGCGAUUCGUGGCUCUUUUGUGAUUCUGGAUUGUUUCUAAUCGAAUGCAUUAAUGCAUUUCUUGGUCCCGGAUGGGAGGAGUGGAUGGCUUUGCCGAAUAGCGUUCUCGAGACGGGAUCUGCACACCUUUCGACGUGA